AUGCCAAAAUUAGAGCCCCUGUGGGCCACUAUCGUGACAAGCUACAGGCCCUCAACCAUAGAAUUCACAGGCACCCUGCUAAUCCAAAUCCUCACCUUCUGGCUCCCCUCGCUAAUCUACCUGGCCCUGCCCACCCUCUUCCCCAACUGGUCAAGCCGCCACAAAAUCCAACCGGCCCCAAAACAGCCCACGAAGAAAGAAAUCCACUACUGCCUCAAGAUAGUCCUCCGCAACCAGCUCCUCACCACAACCCUGCACCUCCUCCAACUCAAGCUGCUCAACAACAACUCCUCUUCUUACACCCUCACGCCCACCUUCCCCACCCUCCCCAUCCUGGCCCGCGACUUCCUCCUCAGCCUCCUCGCCCGCGAAGCCCUCUUCUACUACGCCCACCGCUUCCUCCACCGGCCCUUCUUCUACGUCCGCAUCCACAAGCAGCACCACAAGUUCACCGCCCCCAUCGCCCUCGCCGCCCAGUUCGCCCACCCCAUCGAACAGAUCUUCGCCAACGCCCUGCCCAUCUCCCUGCCGCCGCAGCUGCUGCGCAGCCAUAUAUUAACCUUUUGGGUCUUCCUGGGGUAUGAGCUGUUUGUCACCGCGACGGUGCAUAGCGGGUUUGAUUUCUUUGGGGGCAAGGCUAAAAUGCAUGAUCUGCACCAUGAGAAGUUCAACUUGAAUUACGGGAGUUUGGGGUUGUUGGAUUGGGUGCAUGGCACUGAUCGGUUGGAGAAGAGGAGGGAUUGA